CGGCCGCUGCUCGCCUCCUCCCCUCUCCUAUCCCCACCUCACUCCGCUUGUGCGGCCGCGUGGAGCUGCUGCUGCUGCCCAGUUGCGGCCGCGCGCCUCCACCCCUACCCCCGCGCCGCUACGAUCGAAGCUUCCGCGCGGCGAUCCCGGCCGCUGCUCACGUAUCUCCUCCUCGCGUUUGAAGCAUCUGUGCUGGCUGACUUUGGCCAUUGAGAAGAUGAGUAAAAAGAAGAACCCUAUUGUCUUUCUGGAUGUAUCAAUAGGUGAUGGGCCUGAUGAAAGAAUGAUUUUUGAGCUUUUUGCCGAUGUUGCUCCCCUGACAGCUGAGAACUUCAGAGCAUUAUGCACAGGUGAGAUGGGAAUUGGACAAACAACUAAGAAGCCAUUAUAUUAUAAGGGAUCAAUAUUCCACCGUGUCAUCAAGGGGUUUAUGGCACAAGGUGGUGACUUCUCAAAUGGAGAUGUUCCGUUUUCAGGAAAUGGUGGAGAAAGUAUAUACGGCGAGCAAUUUGAAGAUGAAAAUUUUGUGUUGUGCCAUAAUGACCGCGGUCUCUUGUCAAUGGCCAAUGCUGGAAGUAAUACUAACACCAAUGGCUCCCAGUUCUUCAUUACGUUCAAGCCUAGUGCUCAUCUUGACAGGAAGAGCACUGUUUUUGGCAAGCUUAUUCUUGGAAAUGAUGUGCUGAAGCGGAUAGAGCAUGUUGAUGUGCAUGAAUCUACUAAUAUGCCACUUGUUCCAAUAAAAAUAGUGGAUUGUGGGGAGCUUGUUGAUGCUAAAGACUGCAGAUCUGUGACAACUGAAAAUGAUAAGAAGAGACUCAAAUCAAAGUUGUCCAAGAUUUCAUCUGAUGGUGAAGGUAUUGAAGAAAAAUACAAAGGACAUCGCAAGAAAUCUUCAAAGAGGAGAAGGAAGAGGAAGAAAUAUUCUUCUUCAGAAUCAGACAGCUCAUCUGAGUCUGACUCAUCAGAUUCUGAGAGCGAUUCUGAUUACUCCAGUGACUCUUCUGAUAUCAGCAGUUCAAGUGACGAGAAGCGGAAGCGCAGGAAGAGACACUCCAAGAAGGAUAAACGCAAGCAUGGAAAAAGGAAGCGUGAUCGAAGGCGCGAGAAAAGACGUAGAAAACGUGACAGGAAAUCAAAGCAAAAGUCAAAAAGAACGGUAGAGAGUGGCAGUGAAACAGGAGAUACCAGUAAUAGCAGCUCUGAGGAUGAUAGACGAAAGCGACGUCAUCGUGGACGAAACUCUAAGUCCACAGCUCAAGUUUCUGCUGAAAAUCACACAGCAGUAGCUGCUUUGAAGGAUGCCACUUCGACGCAGGAGAAGAUUACAACACCAAGGAGUCUGGCACAAGAAGACAAGUCUCAACAGGAAAAUGGGGAGAUGCGCACCAAUGGUGUUACUGAUUCAAAAACUGAAAGGAAUGCUGAUAAUGUGCCUCUUCUAACUGGCACCCGAAGCAAAUCUAGGAGCCAGAGCAUCAGUGCUAAUCACUCAAUGAGCAAGAGUAUGAGUGUAAGUCCUAGAAGCCCAAUCAACAAGUCAAACAUCAGCCCGAAGAGAUUGGCAAGCCCAAGUCCUGUUCGUCAGAGUUUUAGUAGAAGUCCUGUCCGUGCUCCCAAAAGAAAUGAAAGCAGGAGCCCACCCCAACAGAGGAAUAUGAGCAUGAGCCCCCAUCGAGGAAGCCCCAGCAAGAUCCCACCUGGAAGUGCAAGCAGAAGUCCUGUUGCUCGUAGGAGCAGAAGUCCGGUUGCUCGUAGGAGCAGGAGUCCCGUUGAAGCUCAGACAAGGAGCAUUAGCAGGAGCUCAGCUAGGUCCUUGCAACGAAGAAGUCUAAGUAGGAGCCUGGACAGAACUCAUGUGCAAAAAAGCGUCAGUCCAAGUCCCACACCUAUGGACAAGGGAAGAAGCAUUAGCCGAACUUCUGCAAGAUCUCCAUUGCAAAGGGGUAUUAGCCGGAGCCCUGAGAGACCUUCCAGAAAGACUAUAAGCAGAAGUCCUCGAAGGAGUACUCGUAGGAACUUUAGCAGGAGCCCUGUGGGACUUCCUAGAAGAAGCUUGACCCCUGUAAGAGGCGGCAGAUCUCGCAGGAAUGGCAGCCGAAGUCCUAGCCCACCUCGCAGGGCAGUAUCACCACCCAAUCAUGGUAGGAGCCCCUCUAGGAGUGGCUCUCCUGAUGGAUCAAAACGCGUAAGAAGGGGGCGUGGUUUUACUCAACGUUACUCGUAUGCAAGACAAUACCGUUCACCUUCUGCUGAUCGUUCUUACCGCUAUGGUGGAAGAGGUGACCGUGAAAGAUAUAUGAGUUACCGAGGCAAUCGUUACCGAUCACCUCCAAAACGGUAUAGAAGCCCACCCAGAGGAAGAACAUCACCAAGGCCUAGCAGGUACAGGAGGAGGAGCCGGAGCAUUUCUCGCAGUCCGCCUGUGUAUCGAGACCGUGGAAGGGGAGGUGGAUACAGCAGGAGUCCUGUACGUAGUCGUUCACCUCCUGCUGGGAGACCUAGAUCACGUGGUGAUCGUGCACGGUCAAUCUCCAGGAGCAGGAGCCUGUCUGGGUCAAGAUCAAGAUCGCCACCACCUGUUGAAGAUCGCUCCCCCCUUGCCUCCCCUUCUCCAAAGCGUCCAAGCAAUGAGGUGUCCCGGUCUCUGUCGGUCAGUCCUGAAGGGAAUAAGGGUUUGGUUUCGUAUGGAGAUGGCUCCCCUGAUUCCGCUGGCAAGUAGUGGGAGACAAAUGUUUUCAAUAGCUUUAGGCGCUCUUAAUCCAUUUGCGUUCCAUGUUUCAAUGGCAGCGCUGUUGAGAAGCUAUGUUUGGGUCCCUGCAGUUCCGCACUAUCAAAAGGCUAUGAUGUUAUUCGGUAUGAUUGUGAAUUUGGUUGCAUUAUCGUUGGACAACCAUAAUCUGAAGUCUGUACGGUUUCGUUCCACAUUCCCCAGGAAGUUGUGACGGUCGCGGUCGUUCAAUGAAUGGUAUUAGCAAUCAUGCUUUCAUAAAAUCUUGCACAUGUAUGAUCCUGAUUCAUUAUAGUUUGGAUGAAUAUGUACACUUUAGGUUUUCUUAUAUUUGUUUGUCGUACUCAAGACAGGUCUUUUUAUUACAUUUAAUUUCGAGACACAUUUGCUAAAUUGAUGCUGUGUAGGAUGUGUUCGGUAUUGUUAUUUA